AUGCCGGUCGAAGUGCCGGUAUAUGUGUUGAUGGGAACGUGCGGUUGCGGUAAAACCACUUACGCCGAGGCACUGGUCAAAGAGUUUGGCUGUCAUUAUAUAGAAGGCGAUCGCUUACACCCGACGGCUAACGUCAAUAAAAUGUCGGCCGGAAUACCGCUGACCGACGACGACCGGUGGGGAUGGCUCGCAGCCAUUCGCGACACUUAUGUGCAAAAGGCAACAGAAAUAGUGGCACAGGGACUGAGCGGCACGAGUGGCAUCAUUGUAGUCACCUGUUCCGCUCUGCGGUUAGUUUACAGGGAUUUACUGCGAGAUGUGCCCAAAGGGUCGUGUCGUGUGGUGUUUGUCUACUUGAAGGGUACCUACGAGUUGCUCGACUCCCGAAUGAAGGCCAGAAGCGGUCACUUCAUGGCAUCAAAUAUGUUGAACAGUCAGUGGAAAACACUGGAAGAGCCCGAUUCCCAACGCGAAGACGUCAUCCUUCAAGACAUUAGUGCCGAUACCGACACUGUUGUCAAGAAUCUAAUCAAAGAAAUUAAGAAACAAUUGAAUGUUUGA